AUGAGCCUCUGCAAACAACAGUCCACGCGACUGAGUCAUCCCAGCGCUCGUGGCCAUCCCACCGUUGCAAUCCUCUACCAAGCGCUCGAGCCACCUAUUAUCAACGGUGCCCGCAAGCCUCGCAAGCCUGGCGGCUACCAAGACUCGGGCGCAGAUAUCGCCCACAUGCUUCGCAAGCAUGGUGUUCACGUCCUGACCCCCUCGACAUCCCCGGACCCUUCAGUACAGGAAGGCUGGUGCUUCCCCGACACCGAGGAGGGCAUUUCGUCCGCGGUCAAACAGGGUGCAACGCAUCUAUGGGCCAACACUGUCUUAUUCUCUUCGCAUCCACUGCAGGUAGCAGAAUCGCUGGCCGCCACGGACUCGCUCUUCAUCAUCGGACAACCUCCCGCGCUGGUUGAGGACUUCGACGACAAGGCCUACCUGAACGAGCAGCUACGCAAGCAUGGCUCCUUCACCCUCCCCCAGUCCUGGGUGAUCCACACCACCGAUGAGGUGGCUUCAGUUCUGGGCUCUAUUCAUCGGUUUCCUGUUAUCGCGAAACCCGUGCGCGGCCGCGGUAGCCACGGCGUGAAACUGUGUCACGAUUCCGCAGAACUCGAGGCGCAUGUCGAGAUACUGGUGCAGGAGUCGAGCGUGAUGGUGAUUGAAGAGUUCCUCACCGGCGAAGAAGUGACUAUUACCGUCAUGCCGCCGUCUGCGGGCCAUGAGACGCACUGGAGUCUCCCUCCGGUCACGCGGUUCAAUCACGUCGACGGUGUGGCGCCGUACUGUGGUGCAGUGGCUGUCACUGCUAAUUCCCGGGUGGUGACUGCGGACGAGAUGCAGGAUGCCUCGUAUGGCUCUGUGAUGCGGCAAUGCGAGCAGGUUGCAAGUCUGAUCGGGGCCACCGCGCCUGUACGUAUCGAUACCAGACGAUUCCGUGAGGGAUCCGAAUUCGCCAUCUUCGAUAUUAACAUGAAGCCUAAUAUGACCGGCCCUGGCCGUCCUGGUCGUGAAGAUCAAGCUAGUCUUUGCGUCCUUGCCGCCGCUGCUAUCGGAUGGGACUACGGAACCCUCCUGCAGCACAUCCUCGAGGGCGCGGUGUCACUGGUCCGGUUCAGAAACUACCAGAACCCAUUCUUGUGGUCCUAA